AUGUGUGGAAUAUUACUUCAUUUUAAUUCAGAACAAACUUUUGGGCGUGCUCAUAAAGAGAGUCUUAACUCCGGGUCCCUCGAGAAUCUUGGAGAUCUUGAAAACUCGAUCUCGGAGUUACCAUCUUCGUCGAAGACAUCUCUAUCCGGCUCUAUUUCGCCCAUUUUCAACGUGCUUGUACCUGAGAUCUUGGCUAGAGGUUCUGAUUACUCGCAGUAUUAUUGUCAGCCUCAUUUGGAACUUUUUUCCUCAGUGCUUUCAUUACGUCAGCCACUUACCAAACAGCCCUUCAUUAAAGACGACAGAUUCAUCAUACAGUUCAAUGGAGAAUUAUACAACGAUGAGAUACCUUUGCAUAGCAAUGACUUAGAAUUUAUUUACAAGAGACUUCAGGAUUAUAAUGGUGAUAUCAUUAAAACGAUAGGCUCAUUACAUGGCGGAUUUGCAUAUAGUAUCAUCGAUCUUACUAACUCCAAAGUAUACUUCGGUAAGGAUAUAUUGGGAAAGAAAUCAUUGGCUUAUUCAUUGAUCGAGGGAACUGGUGAGCUAUUUAUAAGUAGUUGUUUUCCCGAGGAAGACAACCAGACAACGUUCUUCAAGGAAUGUCUUAAUGCAGUGGUAUAUGUUUUUGACAUGAACAAGCGUUCUAUAGGAAUGCUAAGAUACGAAGAUAGUGCAGAUCUUCCUGACAAGUUGGCAGUUAAUAACCGCUGGCUUACUGAUGAUGACCCAUCUGAAGAGUUUCUUGUUUCAGAGUUGCACAAAGAGUUAACCGAGGCGGUUCGUCGAAGAGUAGAAACAAUCUUCCCUGUGCAUAAUUCCAAGUCGAAGUUCGCCAUACUAUUUAGCGGAGGCAUCGAUUGCACUUUACUAGCGGCAUUGUGUGCAGAGAUAUUGGAAGGACCGGUUACUAUCGACCUAUUAAAUGUCUCAUUUGACAAUCCUCGCACAAAAACAGACCCCUCACAAACACCUGACAGGAGGUUAGCUAGGAAAAGCUGGUCACAUCUCGAAGAAAGAUAUAGAAAUAGCCAAAUCAAAUUCCAUUUGGUGGAAAUAGAUGUUCCUUACGAAAGCUAUCUGAAGCACAAGCAAAAGGUGGUGAAUUUAAUUCGGCCUAAUGAUACGGCGAUGGAUCUUUCCAUUGCAAUAGCAUUCUAUUUUGCAGCUAGUGGUAUGGGAAAAGAUAGUAUUAGUGAAUGCAAAGUUCUCCUUAGCGGCUUGGGAGCUGACGAAUUAUUUGCUGGAUAUACCCGUCACGAGAGGAUAUUUACAGGCAUUUCCAAUCAAGUCAGACGACAAUUAAAGCAAAAACCAGUUAAAGAUGCUACUGUUUAUAAGAUGAACGAACUUGUGAAUAAGCUAAGACAAGAACUUCAAUAUGAUCUGUCGAAUCUUUAUAUUAGAAACCUUUCAAGAGACGACAAAGUGAUAUCCUGCUGGUCCAAAGAGAUCAGGUAUCCGUAUUUGGAUUAUGAUUUUAUGCGGUUUGUCACAUCCAAAGUUCCACUCAGUUCCAAGCUUCAUUAUGAUGAUCAGACUGGAGAAAUAGUACGUAAGUAUCUCCUCAGAUUACUCGCCAGGAAGAUGGGACUUGAUUGGGUGGCAGAAGAACCGAAAAGAGCCAUUCAAUUCGGAGCCAGAAGUGCCAAGAUGGAGGAAGGAGCAGGAAAAAUGAAAGGUACCGAUAAAAUAUACUGA